UCCCACCUAUCCUCACGAAUUUCCCGCAAUCAACGCGUCUUGUUCGACUACUCCCCCCAAAGAUAGUCACCUCGAUCUGACCUGGAAUGAACUGCGCCAGCUGAGCAUGGUCGAAAUUGGAUAGACAAUGUUAGCGUCGAGCCAGAACACAGGGUCCCGAUUCGGGACCGGCAGCAACAACAGUCGGCCGUCGAGCAAAGACGGCACCAAGAAGAAUAUCUGGUCCUCUAUGCUAGACAGCGUCGCAAAUGGAAAGCGACUGCCAGAGAAGAAUCUUUUGAUCCUAGGUGGCACACCGGAGACGCAAAGAGAGUUCCUCGACACUCUAUCCGCCGAUGCUUCAGAUCCCAGCUUGUCGUCGUCAAACGACCGGCGAAAAGGGCGAGUACCGCCGGUGGCCAACCAGUUCGCCUUAGGAUAUACUUACCAAGAUGUGCUGGACGCUGAUCACGAAGAUAUUCUGGCGCGUGUCUCCGCAUACUUACUUUCUGAGCCCUCCCUUUCCUUUGCGCCCCUCCUCAAGCCGCUUCUGACUGCGCAAUCGGUGCCGGAAACCUUGGUUGUGAUCCUCCUGGACUGGUCGGAUCCUUGGACCUGGGUGCGUCGACUGCGCGAGUGGGUGCGCCUUCUGAGACAUGUCCUCAUAUCGCUCGACGAUGAGACGAAGAUCGUCAUGGAGGAGAACAUGACCGAGUGGAGGGAUCGGAAACGGGGCAUGGACGCUAGCUCGGCCGGCGCGCAGGGUCUGACGAGCUCCGGUGGUCCCGUAACAAUACCUCUCGGCCCUGGCGAAUGGGACGAAGGGCUCGGUAUACCCAUGUGUGUUGUGUGUCAAGGGGCCGACAAGAUCGAGAAGCUGGAGAAAGACCACGGCUGGCACGAAGAAGAGUUCGACUUCAUUCUCCAAUUCAUGAGAACACUGCUCUUGAAGCAUGGCGCGUCACUUAUCUACACCACACCGUUCCUUGCCAACUCCCUCCAAAGCUUAUUACACUCAUCCCUCGGCAUCCACUCAUUAUUAAAACGGCAAUCAUUUAAACACAACGUCAUCGAUCGGGAUAAGAUCCUCGUCCCGUCGAAUUGGGAUUCGUGGGGCAAGAUCCGCAUCAUCCGCGAAGGAUUUGACAUGGACGGCGUCUCAACCGCCUGGUCCAUCGAGAUCCAGGACCCCCCGGAGCCGAUCACUAACGGCGCCAGUGCCGGCGAUCUGGAAGAUGAGGCGGCCGACGACGGCACCAGCGCGGUCGCGAUCUUCGAACAGACGAUCAAGGAUCCGAAGCGGGACACGUCAAUGGCUCACCCCGGAGGCCAAACGAACGGAACCAAGAUUGAGGUCGACACGUCCGACAUGCAAACCUUCCUCACAAAACAACUCGAGGUUCUGGAGCAGCUCAAGUUGGAAGACGAGAAGGACCGCACAGCGAAGCAGGUGCCGCAGCUGGAGAUGUCCCCGCUGGACGACAACGGUCGGGUCAACGAGCAUAUUGGCCCUGUACAAUUCAACAUGGGAGGUAUCCAAGUCGACGCGGAUGACAUGCUCCGCAAGCUCAAGGAACGAGAAGCCAGCCGAUCACAGAAGAAAGAAACCCCCUCUGCCACGGGCGACGAGAAAGCGCACAACCAAGCGCUGGCCAACUUCUUUGCUGGCCUCGUCAAAAAACCCGGCACCACUGGCAGUCCCCGCGGAAGUCCAUCAGCCUGAAGCCAUCCUAGAGAGGCUCAGCAGCAGCAGCACGAACCAUCUUUGUCACAAGGACGAAGUUUUCGAACCUGUAAUAAUAUU